AAUUGUCAAUCUAGUAUUUAUCUUUAAUCCUCCCAUAUUUUUCCCCACGCGUUCGUAGAAACGUAAUCAAUGGAAGAGAUGUUUGUCGAAAGACGCGUUGAUCAUAAAACUAUGAAAUUUCUCACACAUGGUUCUCUGGAUCUCAAUAUUGGCCACGAAAGCGCAGUCAUAUUUGUAUCAUAACGGGCGUCAUCAUCGAAAUAUUCACGCCCGAUUAUUCGGCUUCCCGAACGACGCUCUAGAGUCCGAUCCGGAGAAGCACUCGCGUUGAUCAAGUGGUAGACGCACGUUGGGCCACCACUACUAUUUAGAGCACCGCGCCGGUCAUCUUUCAUAUACCCCACCUAGAGAGACCCAGACUAUUCUAUGAGCUUUCGAGCUGACCGCGAUGGAACAAGAGAGAGAGAGAGAAAGAGAGGAAGAGAAAGAGCACCGGUCAAAUCUUGCCGGCGGCGGGGUCACGUGUUAUUUCUCGCAGCCACGUAACCCUCGGCAGCAUGCUAGGGCAGUGCCUAGGGAUGCUUAAAUUUAAUCAACUAUCGAUACUUUUACUCACUCAACAGCGACUACAUAUCGUUAAUGAUGCGACACGAGGCCGAGUCAGGGAUGUUACCGAGAGGUGACCACAAAAUGUCUACAUAAAUCAACUGCAUUUUUAUAGGAUAUUAGAACGAAAUAUGAAUUAGUUCAUCUCGCGGUGGUUCCAAUUUCAAAAAACUACUUUUCUCAGCAAAAAUGUCGCGAAGGGCAUUGACCUUUCGAAAUGGACUAGUCAGUACUUAAAUAAGAUACGAAUGUAAUUAACUCGCGCGUUUUCAGGUUCUCUCGCCGCCAACUGUUCGAUGUUCCCGGUCACCAUAUCAGGUCUUUUUUUACAAUUUACUCGCGUUUUAUGUAGCUGGCUUGCCAGCAGUUUACAUUCCUAACUGUACAGAGAUGGGGACUGAGAUUACUGCAAAUAUAUCAGUAACGUCGCUUCACGUGUGAAAUCAGUUUCACGUUGGACGCCGAUUAUAUUAAAGCUCUCGGAGGCUAAAAUCUAUGUUCGAGACGUUCGUAUUUUGUAAAUAGUAAUAUUGAAAAUUAUAUAAAGCUCAUGUAAAUUAUACAUAGAUUAAAGCACUGAAACAGUGAAAUAUUGUAGUGCUAAAACAUUACGCAAGAGUACCCAUUAUUAACUAAAAAAAUGCAACAAAAGACUACAAGUAUUUCACAAGUUUUACUAUUUGCGCUGAGGCUGUCGCUGUGUUUUAUACUGUCAGGCGCAUUCUUUCAUCGUGACUGCAACUAUUCUCAGCGCUUAAAUAUCGGUACCAUCUAUUACGUAUACAAUCCCGAUUACCCUAACGUUACUAAAGGUCGACAGUUUUGCAAAUGGAUCGCAGAGAGUGAUUAUCGAAUAAAAUUGACGUGCAAAAUGUUCGACAUACCAAGGAAUCCUAGUUGCUCCUUCGACAGGUUGACCGUACGCGUGAAUAAUUCCGCGGUUCUGUCUUAUUGCGGUAAUGACACAUUCAGCGUAGAAUCGACAGGAAAAUUCAUGAUCGUUGAACUGUCGACCACAUUCUGGUCGUCCGGAGUUAAGUUUCUGUGCGAACUGCAAGCGGUUGAAGACGAACAGGAUCCUGAUUGCAAAUGCGGAUGGAAAAAACCGACGAAGAUAGUGGGAGGUGUCGAAACUGGCGUGAACGAAUAUCCUAUGAUGGCUGGUCUUGUCGAUCCUUAUGAAAGAGAAGUAUUUUGCGGCGGAACAAUCAUAUCUCCAAAACACGUAUUAACUGCCGCACAUUGCGUGUCCAAUAGAAAUACAAGCAACGUGGGCGUACUCGUAGGAGACCAUGACCUCACCACGGGCGCAGAAACGAACGCUUCGAAAAUCUACACUGUAUCUGACUUUAAAAUAUAUCCACUUUACAACAGUUCAUUGAUGGAUAAUGAUAUAGCUCUAGUAACGGUAAAUUCCGUUAUAAACUUUAGCGAAGAAGUUGGGCCAGCUUGUCUUCCGUUUCAACACCGGUGGGAUUCUUUCGCGGGAAAUUUCGUGGACAUGCUGGGUUGGGGGACGACAGAAUUUGGAGGUAUGAAGUCGAAUACUCUGCAAAAAGUCACGUUAAGUGUAAUCACAAACCGAGAUUGUCGGAAAUCUUAUCAAAACUUAACAUAUAACCAAAUAUGUACCUAUGGAAAGAAUAAGGAUGGCUGUCAGUUUGAUAGCGGCGGUCCCGUUCUUUGGCAAGAUCUUACGACGAAGCGAGAAGUUCUCGUAGGGAUCAUUAGUUUCGGGAUUGCUUGUGGCGAUAAUAACCCAGGAGUCAAUAUGCGUGUCAGCAAUUAUAUAGAUUGGAUCUUAAGUGAAACACCGGGUACCAACUAUUGCACAGUCGAAUAAAGAAACGAAGAGUUCCUAUAAAAUAAUCGCUUCUAAUUUAUUAUUUCAGAAAAUAUCAUAAUGUCGUUUAUUGAACAUAGUAAUCACAUUACUUACAUACAGACAUAUUAUUUAUAACCAUUGUUGGAAAACGAAUAUUGCGUAAUGAAUAAAUUAAAUACAAUGAUCGAAAUGAAUGAUCACUGCACCGGAA